AUGGUGCACUGCAAGCAGCCGCGCAGGGGGGCCCGGGAGCCCGCCGCCGUCCCCACGACCGGGGCUCGCGCGCGCGCCGGGGGCGGGGCCGCGGCCGUGCCCGCGUCGGCGGACCCCGGGUACAUGAGACCGACCAGCAGCUCCGGCGCCAGGGCCGGCCGGGAGGUCGCAUCUGCGGCCUCCGCACCCGCCGCGCAGCCAGUGGGGGCCAACGCGGCGGCGCUGGUUGGGAGCACGCCGCGCGCGGCCAGGCCGACGUGCGCCUCCGCGCAGAAGAGCGCCCGCGCGCUCGGCGGCGGCGGGGGCUGCGAGGGGCGCCGCGCGUGCCGGUACGCCUACUGCUCUUUCAAGGGCCACGCGCCCGCGGCGCCGCCGCUGGGGGCCUUCCUGGCGUCCCGCAGGGGCCUCAUCAAGACGGAGCAGAGCAUGAAGCACAGGGGCGUCUCCGCCUUCCGCAACCCCAGCACCAAUACUGUCGCCGGCAAAGGGGACGACGGGUUCUUCAUCCAGGUGGCGUGCCCCGGCGCCGGCGCCCGACCCAAGACGGCGAGCUCGGGCUCCUGCUGCAGCGGCCUCUCCGCCGAGGAGGUGGAGUCUCCCUACGUCAACUUCGGCCGCCGGGGUCGCCGGGACGACGACAAGUGGGGCGACCCGGCCGCCUCGGUGGACGGCUCCUGCGGGUCCAGCGACGUAAUCUCCGAUGGCUUCGCCGACCUGCCGGGCACGGCGAGCUCUCCCUCUCCCGGACGCAAGGAGCAGAUUGGUCAAGAGGAGGGGGAUGCUUCUUGGGUCGAUCAACAAGAAGCAGAGGAGGAGGAGGACUCUGCUGCCUGCGACAAAUCUGAUAUCUCAGAGGAGCUGGGUGCAAGAUACAAAGGCAACAACAUGUCCAAAGAUUGCGGCGGCGGCGGCUCCUCUUCAGUGGAAUCCUCAAUGGAUGACAUAUCAAGUGCAUUUGGUGGGAUGAAUUUCGAGGAUGCAGGUGCUGAUGCCGCGGCAACCAGCCAGGGAAACAAGCUGACCAUGUCCAGGAGAAGAACGCCCAGAGGCGGGGAGCGAAUCCGGGCAUCAGAUGACCGAUGA